AUGACUGCCACCUCAGGUUCAGGCACGCCUGCCUACGUCGUGGUCUCGGCUUUGGACGCCGGCCACAUUACACUUCCCGAGAGGCUGUUCAUGACCGAUGCAGACCCCGGCCUUAGAGUAACGGUGCCUUCGCUCUCGUUCCUCAUACAGCAUCAACCGUCCCUCACAGACCAAAAGACGACCCGGAUUGUCUUUGACCUGGGUGUGAAACGCGACCUGACUGGCUAUCGAGAGAUGCAGCUUGCUCAUGUGGCUCAGAGACAGCCCAUCAUAACAAACCCAGACUGCGCUGACAGUCUGCGCAAGGGCAACACUGACAGUAGAGAUUUGGACGGGAACUUCAGUCAGCAGCUUCUGGACCCAGGCAAAGAUAUUGACUUUGUCAUUCUUAGCCACGUCCACUGGGACCAUGUCGGCACGCCAUGCGACUUCAACAAUGCCACUUUCAUCGUGGGAUCAGGAACCCUAGACCUUCUGAAGAACGGUGCCGGGCCUCUCUACCCAGUCGAACUGUUAACCAAGACGAGCUGCCACGGCUGCGAACAGUUGAACUGCCACCAGUCAGAAGGCACCACAGCAAUGAGCCUUGGGGUGAUGGGCUACCCAAUGGCGCUGAACCUGCACGCCGGUUUGGGCUCGGACAAAACCCUCCUCAUCUGCGACACAAAUCUGGAAGCGUUGGACAGAUUCAAAGCCGAGGCAAGGGGCAAGGCGACAGUCAAGGUAGUUCCCAACGGCUUCGAAGCGGCUAAGACAGCAUUUUCACCAUGCUACCAGGUUCUGGUGCCGUUAAAUCGGUCUAUUUGGACCAUCAAACGGGCAUCCUCGCAGGAGCUGUCACAUGAAGUAUUUCCUAUUACCAAGUCGUAUAUGGGGCACAUGGGCAACCGAGAGGGCAUAUUUCUGUGCGGGGACGUCGGUGCGGGCACAGCGUUCAAAAUAAUCAACAACUAUCUAAGCGCCAUCACGUCUCUGGCCGCAUCCGAGGCGCUCAACAUUGGCGUGAAAGCCGGGCUUGACCCCAAGACGCUCACCGAUGUCAUCAAUGCCAGCGGUGGCCAGUGUUGGGUCACAAGCAAGGGCAACCCAGUCCCGGGGGUUCAAGCCAACGUUCCGAGUAGCCGGGGCUACGAGGGAGGAUUCAGGAUUGAGUUGUGUGCCAAGGUAUUGGGCAUGGGGACCAAGUUGGCCGAGAGUGUCGGGGCGAGGACCAUCCUGGACAAACCUACACAGCAAGCAUUCAGUGAGGCAAUGGGGGAUGAAAGGUACUCUGGGAAAGAUGCAAGGGUUGUUUACCGGUGGUUAAAUCAGUCUACAUAG